AUGGUGUUCGGAGCUUCCUCUUACGUACGUGUUGUUUGGUGCCUUUGGUUUCCAAAAACAAUCAAUCGCAAAGAACUGAAGAUGCAAACAUUGAAUGCUUCGUUUAGUGACAAUAUGGAGUUCACUCUGAAGGAUAAUGACCAUGACCAAUUAGAUCAUGUGGAUAGUGUAGAUGUUCUCACGCCGAUGAUUGGGAUGUUGUUUGAUUCUGUGGAUGACUUGUUCAAUUUUUAUAAGGAUUUUGGUCAACACAAUGGGUUUUCUGUUAAGAGGAGAUCCAUAAGUAAGGAUAGUAGUGGGAUGUACAAAUAUUUGGUAUUUACGUGUGGUAGGUCUGACAAAUUUUAUAGUCAUUCGAAGAAUUCUAUUUGUCAUCGUGCAUUCUCUAAGAAUGAAUGCAAGGCUAGGAUUGCUGGACGGCUUUCUAUUAAUGGUAAGUGGGAGAUAACUCAGUUUAACAAUAAUCACAACCACGAAUUAAGUCCAAGCCAAUCAAGAUAUUUUAGGUGCAAUAGGGAAAUUAACCCAUGUGUGAAAAGGCAGCUGGAGAUUAAUGAUAUGGCAGGGAUUAGGCCGAACAAGAGUCAUAAUGCUUGUGUUAUUGGAGCUGGUGGUCAUGAAAAUUUACCAUUUCUUGAGAGAGAUACUCGUAACCUUAUUUCUAAAGUAAGGCGUAUGCGUCUUGGUGAAGGUGAUGCUGUUGCAGUUCAGAAUUAUUUCCUUAAAAUGCAAUCUAACAACGAGGGAUUCUUUUCUUUGAUUGAUUGGGAUGAUGAUGGGAGAUUGAAGAAUGUUUUCUGGGCUGAUCCACGUAGUAGGGCAGCAUACAAAGAAUUUGGUGAUGUUGUGACGUUUGAUACGACAUACCUCACCAACAAGUAUGACAUGCCAUUUGCUCCAUUUGUUGGUGUUAACCACCAUGGUCAUUCUAUACUUCUCGGUUGUGGUCUCAUAUCUUCGGAAGAUACAGAAACAUUUGUUUGGUUAUUCAGGACAUGA